GCAUCCUGGUUCCCUGGCGGCCUAGAUUGGAAUCGCAAGGUUUAGGGAAAUCAAGGGACAUGGGACUUAACGCCUCACCUCUUAAGCACCUAGACAAGUUUCUAGGUGCUUAAGGACCAGCCAGAUGAGGACUGCCGAGGUGAACUUCUACCUGGAAGCAGGGAGUGGACAGGAUGAUACGGUGCUGGGGUCGUUUGAGGCCUUCAUCCCUACCUCUUGGGCUCUCUGCUGGCAAGGGAGGUGCACAGCCUUGCUCUCUGGCAUCUGCUUUCAGCCCUUGAUCUUCUGGUAGUCGCUUUGCCAGCAAAGCAGCUAAUGGCUUGUCUGGGCUGGCAGAGGCCUCUGGGGAGAGCUUGGAGGGACCCUGGAGUAAGAGAUGCUUGCUAACCAGUGUGCCAUUUCCCUAAAGUAUGUAGCUGAAAGCUUGGUGACGAGAAAUUAGCAGAGGAGCCGGGUGAAAGCCGGCAGCAUAAGGAGGGAUUCCGCAUGAUCCUGAACCUGUUGGCUUUCCCCCUAGAUGUGGUGACCAACAUUUGGCCAUCUUUAAGGAGACGCUGGCUGCAACUGGAACCUUCAGAUGGGAAAUUCCUUCCCUGGCUGUGAAGCAUCCAUGCUGAGUGAUAGUGGAGCCACUGAGCCAGGCAGACAGAGCCUCUGUCAGUUCCCACCUCUUGGGGUGUUGACAGCAGGUCUGGGGUAGUUGGCCUGGCCUGGCUGCAACUCUGAGAGGCCUGGCUUGCUCUGAAGAUGAUGGUGUGGGGCUUCCCUCUUUAGGAAUAAUGGCGCUUGCAUGAGUGGGUUGCUGGGAGACUCUCUGACCUCUCAGCUCCAUCCUUAGCCCAGCCUCAGUCUUCUGAGGUCCUGAAUAAGGGGUCAGUGGCUCUUAGUUAGGUCAAGAAGUUCUUUGAGAGAUGAGGCUUGUUUUUCUUGCUGCAUCACUCUUCAAAUGGCCUCAAAAUCAAUCCUAGAUCUUGAGAAUGUCAUGGGCAGAUAAAAAAUAUCCUUAGGGUUAAACAGGGAGAUACCUUUUCUCCCCUAAAGCUGCUCAUUGGCCUUCUUAGUUCUUCCACCAAGUAUAUUAAUUUCAUAGUUCUUCCGUGUGCUGGCUGAAUAUCUAGGACAAGAGACAAUGGCUUGGAACUUUUGAUUGAUAAGGAACUGACUGGGGCAUAGGAGCAUGAGCUCAUGGCUGAAGUCCUGGCCAUGCACAGUCACUAAGAAGUAGUGUUCAUACAGGAGAAGGCUGUUCCUCCUUCUGAUCUGGCUUCACAUUUAAACAUGUUUUCCUUUUUCCUGCACCCAGGUAGGAAUUUGGGAGAGUACCAGGCACACACUAGUGCUCAAUAAAUAACGUUGAAUAAAAGGAUUCAGUGUCUGGGUAAAAUUUGUUGUUCAUUUUCCCAGUUGGACCCUCUCUUCUAUCUGGUAUAAUAAUGAUGAUGAUGACAAUGAUCUUGACAGAGAUAAUGCUUAUAAAGCACAUAUUUUUGUGCCCAGUACUAGUGUAAGCACUUUACAUAUGCUAACUAAUUUAUCAUGGCAACCUAUUAUCUCUAUUUUAUGGGCAAUAAAACUGAGCCACAGAAAAGUUUAUUAACUUGCCUAAGGUCAUGCAGCUAAGUGGUAGAACAGGAUCUUAUCUAGGUAGUCUGGCUUUUGUCUGAGUUCUUAACCAUACACUAUUCUCUUUCUUGAGAUUGCCAUAGGUGGAUUGAUUAAGCUCAUUCACUCAUUCAUUGUUUUAUGCAUUCAUUCAUUCAACAGACAUUUGUUGAAUGCCUACCAUAUUUCAGGCAAAGGGAUACAAUCAUGAACAAGACAGGUAAGAUUUGUCAUGGAGCUGAUAUUUUAUAGGUGAAGCCCCUCUGCCCAAUUCCUUGUGAGUCAGUCACACACAACUCAGAGAUGAGAAGGAAAUGAAUGGAUUUGUAUAGGCAAGCUCAUGCCUUGCUUUUGGGGAGAAGAGUGCUGUCUUUCUUGAUGAGACAUAAUUUGAUUCCAGCCCUUCCUGUCUUUUAGGGUCUGUAAGGGGCACUUGAGUGAUAAAAGUGAAUGCAGUCUGAUCUUUUGGGCAGAAGAAGCAGGCCUUGGGUCUGUCUGGUUAUUGUAGAUUGUCUUGAUGUCUACUCAAAAGGGAAAGAAGGCUUUGAGCUUGGGACUGGUGCUCUUCAGUCCAAGGAGAUAUCUAGGCCACAUGCAGCAGGGACAUGUUAGGCCCAAGGUGGAAUUGUGAGGUCCUGAGCAGAGCUUGCCCUCCUGAGACAGAGCUAUAGUUUUCCUAAACUGCCCAUGUUCUUGAGGGUCUCCUUUUGGCUCCAGCAGGACCUUUGGCCAUUGUUCUGAUCUGUGUCACCUUAGUGGGACUACUGCCUACCUCCAUAUGGACCGGAGGGAGUGUGUCUCACACUUGUAGCUGGGCCCCAGGAAGGCAGCUUUCUCUAGGUUGGAAAAUAAAGAUUCAAAGUGGAAGGUGUUUUCCAAAGCCCAUGCCACAGGCUAUUAAUAGGUAUUUUUCCUGUGACAACAGUGAUGGGACGGUCAAAUAAGUGUGUUGGGUUAAACAAAGUUAAGCAGCUUUCUUCAUUGCAAGACUUCUCAGAUGUUGAAUCUGCUAGUAGAAAUUUUGCAUGAAUCCUCAUAAGGGACUAUGCACUAUUUUCCAAGCCUUCUGAUAUCCUAUGUUUUAUAGAUUGCACUUUGGGAAAUGCUUGUUUAGAUUAAGGUAUCCAGGAUCUGGUUAAAGGUGCAGAAUAAAAUCCCCUGAACAUGCUGGACUCAGAUCCACGGGCUAAGAUGCCCAUUGCAGCCCCAUGGAACAACCCUAUUCCCCAAAACACCAGCAGAAGGAAUCAUUUACUAUCCCCCCUUCUGGCAGGACAGUACCGAGGGCUUGGAUUUUUUUUCCUUAUGCUGUAAGUCCAUUUAAUUAUUUAAUGAAUAAAUAUUACCCUCCCUCUAGGUUGCUUGUAGCCUGCUAGUUGCACUGUUUAUGAAACAGCUGUGAGGACAGGUGGAUCGUAAUCCCUGGGUAGCCAAAGCCCAGCGGCAGCCCGAGGAUCACAUGUCAACACUGUAAUCUGCUCUGUGCUCGCAGGAAUUAUGAUGUGCACUCAGUAAGGCACAACCUCACGACUGGACAUGAAGCAGUGACUCAGGCCCAAGUCAGGGCUACAGCUAGCCUCCCGCCGAGAUGCCGCGCCAGUUCCCCAAGCUGAACAUCUCGGAAGUGGAUGAGCAAGUCCGGCUCCUGGCCGAAAAGGUGUUUGCUAAAGUGCUGCGAGAAGAGGACAGCAAAGAUGCCCUGUCCCUGUUCACUGUCCCCGAGGACUGCCCCAUCGGGCAGAAGGAAGCCAAGGAGAGGGAGCUGCAGAAGGAGCUGGCAGAGCAGAAGUCUGUGGAGACCGCAAAAAGAAAGAAAAGUUUCAAGAUGAUUCGGUCCCAGUCCCUGUCUCUGCAAAUGCCGGCACAGCAAGAUUGGAAGGGCCCCCCGACGGCCAGUCCGGCCUUGUCUCCCACCACCCCUGUGCCCAUGGGAGCCACAGCCCAGCCCACGCCAGCACCCUAUGCCAUGCCCGAGUUCCAGCGGGUCACCAUCAGCGGAGAUUACUGUGCCGGGAUCACCCUGGAGGACUAUGAGCAGGCCGCCAAGAGCCUGGCCAAGGCCCUAGUGAUCCGGGAGAAGUACGCGCGGCUCGCCUACCACCGCUUUCCCAGGACCACGGCCCAGUACCUGGCACCUCGGCGGGCCGACACAGCCCCUCCGGAAGAGGGCCUUCCAGACUUCCAUCCGCCCCCGCUUCCCCAGGACGACCCUUACUGCCUGGACGAUGCACCCCCCAACCUGGACUACCUGGUCCGCAUGCAGGGGGGCAUCCUCUUUGUGUAUGAUAACAAGAAGAUGCUGGAGCGCCAGGAGCCCCACAGCCUGCCCUACCCUGACCUGGAGACCUACACGGUAGACAUGAGCCACAUCCUGGCUCUCAUCACUGACGGCCCCACGAAAACCUAUUGCCACCGGCGACUGAACUUUCUGGAAUCCAAGUUCAGCCUUCACGAGAUGUUAAAUGAAAUGUCCGAGUUCAAGGAGUUGAAGAGUAACCCCCACCGGGACUUCUACAACGUGAGAAAGGUGGACACGCACAUCCACGCGGCUGCUUGCAUGAACCAGAAGCACUUGCUACGCUUUAUCAAGCACACGUACCAGACGGAGCCCGACAGGAUUGUGGCUGAGAAGCGGGGCCGGAAGAUCUCGCUGCGGCAGGUGUUCGACAGCCUGCACAUGGACCCCUACGACCUCACCGUGGACUCGCUGGACGUCCACGCGGGCCGGCAGACGUUCCACCGCUUUGACAAGUUCAACUCCAAAUACAACCCUGUGGGUGCCAGUGAGCUGCGUGACCUAUAUUUGAAAACUGAGAACUACCUGGGAGGAGAGUACUUUGCUCGGAUGGUCAAGGAGGUGGCGCGGGAGCUGGAGGAGAGCAAGUACCAGUAUUCAGAGCCGCGGCUGUCCAUCUACGGCCGCAGUCCGGAGGAGUGGACCAGCCUGGCCCGCUGGUUCAUCCAGCACAAGGUUUACUCGCCCAACAUGCGCUGGAUCAUCCAGGUGCCUCGGAUCUAUGACAUAUUUAGGUCCAAGAAGCUGCUGCCAAGCUUUGGGAAGAUGCUGGAGAACAUCUUCCUGCCCCUUUUCCAGGCCACAAUCAACCCCCAAGAUCACCGGGAGCUUCACCUCUUCCUUAAAUAUGUGACAGGGUUUGACAGCGUGGAUGAUGAGUCCAAGCACAGUGACCACAUGUUCUCGGACAAGAGCCCCAGCCCAGACAUCUGGACCAGUGAGCAGAACCCGCCCUACAGCUACUACCUGUACUACAUGUAUGCCAACAUCAUGGUGCUCAACAACCUCCGCAGGGAACGCAGCCUGAGCACAUUCCUGUUCCGGCCACACUGUGGGGAGGCUGGCUCCAUCACCCACCUGGUGUCUGCCUUCCUAACUGCCGACAACAUCUCCCAUGGGCUACUCCUCAAGAAGAGUCCAGUAUUGCAGUAUCUCUACUACCUUGCUCAGAUCCCCAUUGCCAUGUCUCCUCUUAGCAACAACAGUCUGUUCCUUGAAUAUUCCAAGAACCCUCUGAGGGAAUUCCUGCACAAGGGACUACAUGUUUCUCUCUCCACGGAUGACCCCAUGCAGUUCCAUUACACGAAGGAAGCCCUUAUGGAAGAAUAUGCCAUUGCAGCCCAAGUGUGGAAGCUGAGCACGUGCGACCUGUGCGAGAUCGCCAGGAACAGCGUGCUGCAGAGCGGCCUCUCACAUCAGGAAAAGCAGAAGUUUCUGGGAAAAAAUUAUUAUAAAGAAGGACCUGAAGGAAAUGAUAUUCGAAAGACAAAUGUUGCUCAGAUCCGGAUGGCAUUCCGACAUGAGACCUUAUGCAAUGAGCUUAGCUUUCUGUCUGAUGCAAUGAAAUCAGAAGAGAUCACAGCAUUGACCAAAUAGGUCCAGCACUCAAACAUGCAUUUUAACUUUUUGGUUUAAUUUCAAGUCUCCUGUGGCUAUUAGUGGUCAAGAUACCAAACUAGGCCUUUCCUCCAGCAAGAGGAUGCCUCUGAAGAAAUUUCAAACUGGUAAAUCUGGUCACAUUGUUCACUGUAAGAUCUCACAUGCCCAUAGUUCUGUUAAUAUUUCUGAGUAAUGGAUGGUGACUUCUCCUUAGGGAUCUGGGAGCUGGGCACUUGUCUAUACUUGUUCAUAAUUUUCCAAAUAUUUCUCUUGAAACCACCAGUGCUCGAUUUGUUGGGGCCAGGAUUUUCCAUGGUCAAAUGCCAACUGACAUAAGAGGUCUGUGUAGUUUUGCCAUACUCCUCUCUACAGGCCCUGUGGGUUAACAUUGGUAGUUGUUCAUUUCAGCCUCUGGCUGGCUGCCUUAAACAAAAUCAAUUUCAAAGCUCCAUUUCACAAGGGGGCCACUUUGAGAGAGUUAAAAUAGAAGGCUUCCAUCUUGACAA